AUGCCUUCGCCCGAAGACAAAGACGUCCUCAAGCAGACACAGCUGAUGGAGCUUGCCGUGCUGAAUGUCAACUUGCACCACAGAAUUACAUUAUCUCCGCCUGUUUCCAUCCACUCGCUGCAUCAGCCUGAGGGCACAGACGACCUGAAAAAGCGUCAGUUGAUGGAGUUGGCCAUCAUCAACGGGACCUAUCGUGUGCCACCAGCCAGACGGAGCCUUCAGUUGCCCUCUCAAACGAGCACUGCUUCCUCGCCUUCUCCGCCUUCAUCGACCUCCUCACUUGAGGAUCCUGUCCCACCGGACUGUGAGUCUACCGAACGCUCUUUGGCUCGUCCGCUCAUCACCCUGAUGGUGGCGGCGGCGGUGACAGUAGCAUGCAUCCCCCCGCCUCCCCACGAGUUAUUCAUGCAUGCUGUUGAGUAUCAUUUCGUAGCAUCUGAGGCAUUGCAUGCUAUGCCAUCUUUGUCGUCAAGGUGCCAACUGUGUGCCCGCUCUUUUUCUCUCUCUCUCUCUCUCUCUCUCUCUCUCUCUCUCGCAUGGCUUUCCAUUGCAGAUCACGCAACCGAGCCAGUCUAG